AUGAAGCAAACAGUCUUUUUGUUCAUGAUGGUUUUUAUGGGAAUGGCCUACUUUGUGCAGUACAGCAUGAUUCAACACCUGGUCGAUAAUCAUGUGGACAGUAGUAGCAGUGAAGGAUUUCCAGAGCCGACGACACAACAACGACAGCUGGCAAACAAUUAUAAUAAUAGACCACAAUCGACGACAGUGACAACAACACGACCACAAUUACGGAAUCGUCUCCUACAAUCCGAGGUUCACACACAAUUACAACAAGCCAUGGCGCCCAUUGACAAUCUGGUGCAGCCACCACUGGGACCAGGUACCAAUCCAGACGAUCCUUCCUUGAAACCCUACAGUACCGAUUUGCGAGGCACGGAUAUGUCACUCCCCGAAAACAGAGCUCUGCUCGAGAAUCGCAUUGUGUAUCUCAUUACACCCACGUAUGUGCGACAGACCCAGGUAGUCGAUUUGACCCGAGUCGGACAAACGCUGCGAUUGGCACGAGAAGCGGGAUAUCAUCAUCGGCUCUAUUGGAUCAUUCUCGAGGAUGCCACCAGUUGUACCCAUCGCGUGCGACAAUUGGCACUGGAAACGGGAGUCCCCUUUGCCCACAUGGCCAUACAGACACCCCUCGCCGUCAAACGACGGCCUAAAGCGCAUCGAGGACUGGAACAACGAAAUGCUGGAUUGGAUAUUGUGGAACAAAUUGGAAAAGAUGGAGUUGUUUACUUUAUGGACGACGACAAUGCCUAUCACAUCCAAUUGUUCCACGAAUUGGCAUACACCACUCAUGUCAGCGUCUUUGGAACCGGAUUGCCCGGGGGCAGUGCCUACGAACGAUGUCACGUCGACGAACGAACUGGAAAAGUCGACAAACUACUCACCACAUGGGAAGCCCCUCGCACAUUUGCCGUCGACAUGGCCGGAUUUGCCUUUGCCACACAUCAUUUGGCACGCAAUCGAGCGAACGGAAAGGACAUGAGAUUUAACCAUGCGUCGAAAUCGGGAUAUCUGGAAAAUGAUCUCAUGUUGUUUGCCGCACGGACUGUACCCGAGUUGGAACCGUUGGCGGCCAAUUGUACCAGAAUACUGGCAUGGCAUGUCAAAACAAAAGGAAAUGAUCUGUAUUACAAUCCAGAACCCAACAAGGAACGAUUCAAUCUCUACAAGGGAUUGGUAUAG